UUUCAUAAAAACAAAUGCAACUGGAUGUUGAAUGAAAAGGACAUAGUGAAGGCUCGAAAGUUGGGUAAGCAGCUUUCGUUUACAAUGCUUGAUUUUAAACUCCCGUUCAGUUCAACUGGACUGAAGAUCUCACUCAAUUCAGAAACUAAAUUAGUUCUUUGCAAGUAAAUCAAGACUCCUCAAAGGAUACCUAGGAAGACAGGGAACAUGUUGCUUGAUCAGUUUCAAAACAUUCACAACGUAGACUUGUCUAAUGAAGCCCUGGAAAUGUCAACUCAAAAGAUCCUCAAUUGUGAUAAUGACACGCAGUCACAUUAUGCUGGAACUGCUUUUAGGAUGUGGGAGCCACCAUCUCCAUUGAGUGGCAAACCAGAUAAUAAAGAUACAAACUGUGCUUUUGCCUCUACGAAGAAAAAGAGUAGGACCGCUGACGUCGCUAAGUGGAUCCACCAAGUGAAAGGGGAACUGGAAAUAGGAUAUCAAGCAUCCUCUGAUGAUGUGAGCCAUGUUAAAGUCAUCCCUUUGAAACGCCAAGUGAACGUGAUUAAUGAUAAAGAGGUUGAAAAAGCACUUGAUGAGGGCUAUAUUUGUCAGAAAUUUCGCGAGAUGUCUGUUAUUGAUGCCGAUUACCUUAGAUGCAACAUUUGCGAUGCAAAGAAACUAGCUCAAAGAUCUGAUGACGAGACUUACAAAGGAAUACAUACUUGUCUCAGGCUUUCAGUAAAUGAGAGUGAAUCCGCAUUAAGUAUCCUAAGAAACAGUGAUUCCUCAACUACAGUCAUUGAUAAUCCUUCUGGACUAAACUGUACAAAGAAAAUGAGUGGCAGUGCUAGCAUCGAAAAGUGGAAGCGACAAAUGGAGGACAUUCGGUCUCCAUUUUUAAAACUUCAGUUAGCUUCAUCUUAUGAACCAGAUCAGAUGAUAAUAUCAGAAGUAGCGGAAAAUGGCAGCUGGAACCUCUCAUCAUCAAAGGAAGGUGACAAGGAAUUGGACGACAAAAUUACUGAGCUGCACGAGUUAGUUUCACCUUUUGGAAAGAAUGAUGCAGCAAUAGUUCUGUUAGAAACUUGUGGUUACAUCGGAUUCCUACAUAGGCAAGUCGAAGCUCUUAUGAUUCCAUGCAUAGAACAAGGAACUCCAUCCGAGCCACAACAGCAGGAUCCAAAUCAAGACCUAAGAAGUCGAGGGCUAUGUUUGAUACCUGUUUCAAGCACAUUUCCAGCUACUAGUUAAACAAUUGAUUCCUAAAGUCCUACAUUUGGACUUUGGAACCUUCCAAUGAACCAAAUGCAUAUAAAGAUGAAGAAAUCUUUUCAUAUGCAGGUAUGUUGUAAGAAAUAUGGUAUUGGCUUUUUAAGGAUAUAGACUGUCUAAAAUAACCUGCUUUGCAAAUAAUUUGUGUGAUACCGAGUAAAUAUUAGAGCGUGAACGUAUCAGCUCUGUUGCCGUGACUGCCAUCAUUAAGCAUGAUUCUAAAAUGAGUUGCAACUACUACAAUAACUUCAACUUUAGUUGGACUUCUUAAUACUACAUUUGAGUGUUUGUUGCAUAAA